AAUUUUUUUACUUUUUCAGUUAUAUAAAUAUUUAUAUUUUAAAAGCAGAAAUAUUUCAACAGAAAAAUAUGUUAUCAAGCAUGGACUUAGAUGAAAAACUAUUAACUUACUAUAAAGACAUGCAAAAGCAUUUUCAAAACUAUGGUCGUACAAAAGAAUUUUCUGGUCACUCUGCAAAAGUGCAUUCUGUAGGUUGGAAUUGCAAUGGUCGCUAUCUAGCUUCUUGUUCCUUUGAUAAAACUGUUAGUAUAUAUACAUUAGAUAAAGACAGGCUUCAUUUAUCUACCACCAUGAAAGGUCAUAGUGAUAGUGUUGAUCAAUUAUGCUGGCAUCCUUCAAACCCUAAUCUUCUUGUUACAGCCUCUGGUGACAAAACAGUGCGUGUCUGGGAUUCUAGGGUUAGCAGUGGCAAAUCUAUAGAUGAAGUUAAAACUAGAGGGGAAAACAUUAAUAUUUGUUGGAGUCCAAAUGGAAAAACCAUUGCAGUUGGAAACAAGGAAGACUUGAUUACUUUCAUCGAUACAAAAACAUUCAAAAUCAUUGCUGAAGAACAGUUUAAGUUCGAGGUAAAUGAAAUUUCCUGGAACAACACUAAUGAUUUAUUUUUUCUAACAAAUGGUCAUGGUCAUAUAAAUAUUUUAAGUUACCCUGACUUGAAACAAGUGCAAACAUUGAAUGCUCACCCUGCAAAUUGUAUUUGUAUUAAGUUUGAUCCUAAAGGGAGAUAUUUUGCAACUGGGAGUGCUGAUGCAUUAGUUAGUUUGUGGGAUCUUGAUGAAUUAUGCUGUGUGCAUUGCUUUUCACGACUUGAUUGGCCUGUUCGCACCUUGAGUUUCAGUUAUGAUGGAAAGAUGCUUGCAUCAGCUUCAGAAGAUUUGUUUAUUGACAUCGCAAUGGUAGAAACAGGAGAACAAAUUUGUGAGGUUACUUGUUCAACGCCUACUUUUACAGUAGCAUGGCAUCCUUCAGAGUAUCUACUUGCUUUCGCUUGUGAUGAUAAGGAUAAACAUGAACGAGAUGCUGGUACUAUAAAACUUUUUGGAUUGCAAAAUACUUAACAGAAUCUUUGCUCGUUUCAAACACAUUCUAUCAAAUAAAUGAAAUUCGUUAACUGGUUCGAAUUAUCUGCCUUGGGCCGUUAGUUAAUGAAUAUCUGUAAGCAAGUAAUCGAAAUCUCCAGAAUAUAGGUUCUGAUAUUAAAAAAAAACAAAGCGAAAUAUUAAUUUCAUUAAUGUAUAUUGUAUACUAGACGUUUUUGUUUAGUUAACUUGAAAAUAAAAACUGGUUAAAACUUUAAAA